AUGGACUCUAUCUUCGACAAGAAUUGUCAUGGGGACUAUUCUAGGCGAGAGUCCGGUGAGGGACUUCUCGCAGAGGAAGAAGGCACUCUCUGGAAUAGAAAGGAAACACCAACGCCAACGUGUAACAGCUUCGCGGUGUGUCUGUUUCAGCUGAGUGCACUUGUGCUGGUAUUCUUAGUCGGGACUCUGUUCGGCUUUCACUGGCGUGGUGAUUUGGAUGGCCUUUGCAGUCGACAUGUUUCUCAAUAUUCAACUGUCAUGAAGGAAGUUGGAAUUCAAUAUAGUCUGCAAGAAUUCAAUGGCUCUCUACUGAAAGAGAAUGUUUUUCGACAAGAUGCUGGCCCAGAUGUUGACGCAGCAUGGGAGUCGUUGGGCGUCAACUACCGCAGCAUUCGAGUACCACCAGAGGAUGCUGAAAAAUCUGGACUUGCUAACGACCAAGUCAAGAUCAAUGCGAAGUAUGGGGGAGGAUUUCCUGCGAAUGUCGAGGGCUUGCAUCACCUUCACUGUCUGAAUCUCCUCCGUCAGUCGCUCUACUAUAACUAUGACUACUACCACGCCAAGGGGGAAGGGCCCUUCACGAACAAUGACUAUAUCCUCCGCCGCCACGUGUCACAUUGCCUCGAUAUUGUUCGGCAAGAGCUCAUGUGCACAGUUGACAGCGGAGUGCUGGGUCAAGUCUGGAUUUACCCCGAGAACCCGGAGCCCUAUGUUGACUUCAACACUCAGCAUCGAUGUAAAAACUUCGAUGCCGUUCGUCGCUGGGCCGAGGACAACCAGCUUCCUCAGGACCCCCCUUCAGACUUUUUGCAGCCGCCAUCAGAGGGAGACCGAAUCUAUAUCCAAAUGCCAUGA